AGGCGGUGGCUCUGUUUUUAUUUUCUAGUUUCUAGCUAGCAUCAACAAACGUCAGGAGGAUGGCUGAUGUUGUCAAAGAUGAAAAAGAUAAGAUUCGGGACGAUUUAAAGAGAAAAAUCUACGAUGAUAACCAUGCUUUUGAUGAAGAUGACAAAUCGGAGGUCAAGAAGUUUAUUGGAAAGCAGAAAGUCCAUAGAUUAUGCCCCUACCUAGAUACAAUCAACAGGCAGGUCUUAGAUUUUGAUUUUGAAAAGUUGUGCAGUGUAUCCCUGUCACGUAUCAAUGUUUACGCUUGCUUGGUCUGUGGAAAGUACUUUCAAGGGAGAGGUACAAAUACUCAUGCUUACACUCAUAGUGUGAGUGAGAGUCAUCAUGUAUUUCUCAAUCUUCACACCCUUAAAUUUUACUGCCUACCAGACAAUUAUGAAAUCAUAGAUUCAUCAUUGGAUGACAUCAAAUAUGUCUUAAAUCCAACAUUUGAUUCCGACCACAUUAAAUGUGUUGAUGUCAGUGACAAAAUGUCAAGAGCUAUCGAUGGAACUCUUUAUUUGCCUGGCAUUGUUGGUCUGAACAACAUCAAAGCUAAUGACUACUGCAAUGUAAUUUUGCAGGCUCUUUCUCAUGUUACACCCUUAAGAGAUUAUUUCUUGCGUGAAAUAAACUAUGCCCGUGUCAAGAGACCUCCAGGAGAUAGUAUGUUUCUCCUUGUACAACGUUUUGGAGAACUUAUGAGAAAACUUUGGAACCCAAGAAACUUCAAAGCCCAUGUGUCCCCACAUGAAAUGUUACAGGCUGUGGUACUAUGGAGUAAAAAGAAAUUCCAAAUUACACAGCAAGGAGAUCCUGUGGAAUUUCUAUCCUGGUUUCUGAAUGCCUUACACAUGGCUCUCAAUGGUACCAAAAAAUCUGAUUCUUCCAUUAUCUACAAGUCAUUUUUAGGAUCAAUGAGAAUUUACACUCGUAAAAUUCCUGCUACUGAGUUGGAUGACAAACAGAAAGCAGCGAUGUUGCUCACAACAGAGUAUCAAGAAGUAAUCACAGAAUCCCCAUUCUUGUACUUGACCUGUGACCUUCCUCCUCCACCCCUCUUUAAAGAUGAAACAGUUGAAAAUAUAAUUCCUCAGGUAAAUUUGUACACUUUGCUUGCAAAAUUUAAUUCUGUUUCCGAGAAGGAAUACAAGACAGUUAAAGAAGAUUUUAUGAAGCGCUUUGAAAUUAUUCAACUGCCUCAAUACUUAAUAUUGUAUAUUAAGAGGUUUACCAAAAAUACAUUCUUCGUGGAGAAGAAUCCUACAAUUGUUAACUUCCCUGUGAAGAACAUUGAUUUUGGAGAUAUUCUGACCCCUGAAGUGAAAGCUCGUCACAAGCAAACCAUUUAUAAUCUAGUUGCCAAUAUUGUCCAUGAUGGAGAGCCAGGGAAGGGGACAUAUCGUGUCCAUCUCCUUCAUAAGGGAACUGGGAAAUGGUAUGAAAUGCAAGACCUUCAUGUCACUGAUAUUCUUCCUCAAAUGAUAACUCUCACAGAAGCAUACAUUCAGAUCUAUGAAAGGAAAGAAGAUUAGAUUGGAUUGCAUCAAAACUGUCUCCACCAGAUACUAGCUUAAGUGAGUGAGUGUUAGAGAAAAUAAAAACCUUGCACAAAAUAAAAA